ACGGAAUAUAUGGAUCUGGUAAGCAUUCGGAUAGUAGAGGGUAGUACGCAUUAUCUACCCCAACAUCCCGCCUUCCUUAUUGUUCCUAGGAAAUGGACGGCUGGGCGUUAUCAUCCACAAGUAUCAGUAUAAUAUCCAUACCCGUACAGUGGCUCGUUCUCGUCGCACAAUUUACUCUUGUUCCAGUUUUUUCAAGUCAUUAAUACCUGUGUAAUUGCAGUCGGUUCUAUGCUUGGAGCUCGUAUUGUACAAAGCAUCACUCAAUCUGUCUCAAAUUAUCCUUGCCUGGAGUUUCCUGUCUCUUAUAGAAGUCGAGCGUACAUUGUCGAAAAUGCAGCGAAGAAACCUCAUCUUUCUUGCGCUAUCAGCGCUCUGCCGCGCCCAAGUCUUCUACAACAAGACGUCCGGCGCAUUCGUCUGCACCAAGGCCAACGCCAACUUCUGCGCCGGCGACAGCCUCCAAACAGAUGUCAUAUUCCGCUGCAACGCCUCCGCCCUGGCCAUCCCCGACCUCUGUUCUAACAACCUCGCCGACGUGCCCGAGGUAGGCACGAAACCCGCCGCCCUCUGCUACCAGGGCGACCCCACCUCGGGAACCGCGACAUGCGAGUACCACGGCAUCGCCUAUCCCGAGGACGGGAGCGACCCGUACUCGAUCCCAGCAGGCGACGGCACAGCGCUUCCCCCUCCAACGAACAGCGCCCCUCCGCCGCCGGCCACGAACUCCACGGCGCCGCCGGCCGAUUGCCCGACCACGGUCGUCCCUCCGCACAACUAUACCCGCACGCCCUCGUUCACCUUGUCCUCGCCGAUCGGGACGGGUACGGGAGGUCCCAGGCCGCCGUACGAUGGAAAUAACACGUCCAAGCCGGGUCCCCCGGGCACCACCAUCACCCCCUCUUACCGUACGCCGGUGGGUCCAUCAGGCACGACUGGCGGCACGCGCCCGCCGAGCUUUACAGGCGGAGCGACUUCGGUGCUGUGGUCAAAUGCUGGAAUGGGUGCGGUGGUGGGGUUAAUCUUGGCGGCCGUUGGGUUAUGAUGGCCGGUGAUUGCGAAAUGUUUAUGAGGAAGCGACUCUAAUGAUAUAUAUGUAAUACGACCUCCUAGAUGGUUACGUGGGAUGUUGGGACGAGGAAUACACGGUAAUCUUAAUGUAAUGAAUGGGUAGCCGGUACAUAGGGUGGGCGCGGGAUUGGAUCAAUGGCGUGGAAAAGGUC